AUGGCAACGGAAAUGCAGUCGUUCUACACCCCCUCCACCUCCACACAUAUCUCGUCGCAUGCGCCGGCUGCAGUGGAUGAGCUGAUCAACAAAUACUCCUCCACCAUGACGAACUCCCCUUGUUCGAGUCAUUUGUCCAUGAAGCACCCCCGGCGCAACAUCUUGCAGCGAUCUGUCGACCGUAUCCGGCUGGAAUACUACCGCUACGAGGUUACAUUUGGACUCUAUGUGAUGACGCCAGGGGAGAAGCUGGUGGCCAACACCUUCGUGAUGGUCGUCUUGUCCUUGCUGUUCUGGGCACUGCUGGUUUAUUUCCCCGCCUUGCUGUACCAGAAGCUCAGCCGUCUCGUAUGGCUGUUGACCGGACACAGCAGCGAGGAAAUGGGUGCAGCCUUGGGCAUCCUCGACUCGCACGUCAACUCGAUAUCCACGCCUUCCACCUAA